AGUUGUAGUUUUGAUCGCUUCUUAAGCUGUAUGGGUUGUGAAUAUUAGAAGUGUGCAGUCAUUCCCGUGUUUGAAGAAGUUGUGUCUUUAGAGGACUUUUGUUUGGUUUCUUCUUUUGGCUUGCUGUGUAGAACUUAAUACGGUUCUGGUGUGUUGAUUAAAAGCGCUUCUAAAUGGACGAUGAGCCUGAUAGAACUAAACGCUGGGAAGGAGGCUAUGAACGGACGUGGGAGAUCCUUAAGGAAGAUGAGUCUGGCUCCCUUAAAGCUACCGUUGAAGAUAUUUUGUUUAAAGCCAAGCGAAAAAGAGCUUUUGAACACCAUGGGCAAGUUCGGCUUGGUAUGAUGCGUCAUAUGUAUGUGGUAAUUGAUACAUCAAGAACAAUGGAAGAUCAGGACUUGAAACCUAACCGAUUAACUUCCACACUAAAGCUCUUAGAACACUUUGUGGAGGAAUACUUUGACCAAAAUCCCAUCAGUCAGAUUGGUAUAAUCACAACAAGAAGUAAGAGAGCAGAAAAACUGACAGAACUUGCAGGAAAUCCAAAGAAACACAUAGCUGCUUUGAAGAAAGCUGUUGAUACAUCAUGCACUGGGGAACCAUCACUGUACAACUCGCUCAGUUUGGCAAUGCAGACUCUAAAGCACAUGCCAGGGCAUACAAGUCGUGAAAUCCUAGUCAUCUUUAGUAGUCUCACAACCUGUGAUCCUGCCAACAUAUAUGAUCUCAUUAAGUCCUUGAAGGCUGCUAAAAUUAGAGUGUCUGUGAUUGGCCUUUCAGCUGAAGUUCGAGUCUGCACUGUGCUCACAAGAGAGACUGGUGGAACUUACCAUGUUAUAUUAGAUGAAAGUCAUUUUAAGGAACUUCUUAUGUAUCAUGUUGUUCCACCACCUGCCAGCUCUAGUUCAGAAUGCUCUCUUAUCCGUAUGGGUUUUCCUCAGCAUGUUACUGCCUCAGCUUCUGAUCAGGAUGCAAAACCUUCCUUUAGUAUGGCGCACCUGGACAGUAAUGGUGACGUGUGUCUCACUGUAGGUGGAUAUUUUUGCCCUCAGUGUAGAGCAAAAUACGCAGAACUGCCCGUUGAAUGUAAAGUGUGUGGCCUCACUUUGGUGUCAGCCCCACACCUUGCAAGGUCGUACCAUCAUUUGUUCCCUUUGGAUCCAUUUACAGAGCAAUCUCUUGAAGAAUAUCAAGGAGAAAGGUUUUGCUAUGGCUGCCAAGGUGAGCUGAAAGAGCAAAAUGUUUAUACUUGUGCCAUGUGCAGGAAUGUAUUCUGUGUGGAAUGUGAUCUCUUCAUCCACGAUUCACUUCACUGCUGCCCAGGCUGCAUUCAUAGUCAGCCAGUUACCUCUGGUAUGUGACGUUAAGUUUCCUGCUACCAAUAAUCUGCAUCACUAGGUUACCAGCGCAGUCAUGAACACUGUCAUUGAAUGGUGCGUAGCCAGACAAACAUGAAACUGAUGGAAUACUGUGAUAUCUUUUAAAGGACAUGGCUCAUACAUUCCCACUGAUGAUGUUACAGAAUACUGAAUAGAGAAUACCAUGGAGUACUGUGCUGCAUUUGAAUUACACUGUAUGUUACAAAGGCAUAAGACAGACUAGACCUUGUGUUUCACCACAUUGUAUCAAAUCAUUACAGUCUUGUAGCAUUUUCCAAGAAGUGUUUUCUGAGGUGACUAGUUAAUAUACUUUGCUAAACAGUAAAUUUUUAUCUGUUAUGCAUUGUACAUUACUGUACAUACUUAUGUAUAUUAUACUAAGUUUUUUGUA